UCUGCGGCGCCCGACCACGAGAACACGUCACUUUCACUUUCCGCUGCGCACACAAGCCAAAUGGCCUCCAACGCCCUCGCCCCCGUCAUGUACCAGCUGCAGGAGAGUCUUCGCAACGUCGACCUCAGGAACUUCAUCAACACCGACCUCAGUAACUGGCUCGGCAAGUUGGACUUCAAGACGGUGGGCUUCGUAGCUCUGGCGGUGUUGGUCGUCCUGCUGGUCCUGGACUUUUUCACCAAGAGCCCCACGCCCUAUGGCAGGAAUCUGCUCUCCUCUGCGGCCAACGCCUGGGACAGCGUAGGCCAGACAGGGCUCAGCCAGUCUCUUCGUGGCAGUCGCUCGCUGGAGCCCGUGGUGUCCGUCUUGGACGCGCUCGCAGAGGCAGCGAAGAAGUGGGAGGCGCCGGAGGACGGUGUUGUCAGAAACAGGGCUUUCUAGGAUUCCCAGCACCUUACGAAGGAGUCGAUUAUUUGAAUCAGGAUUUUUUUACCUGAUUUAAAGUACAAUAACUUUGAAGGUCGGAGAGAGGAAGUACAAGUUCGUUACAAGCGUUUGUUUGCGGGCAAGUGAACUGUCUUGUUUCCAGCCAACAUAGUUUGGUAUUUCUCCCUGCCAAAAUACUUAUCCGUAUUUAUGAUAUGCUUAUUUAUUCAUGUUUCUUGUAGACAUCGAUGUUAUUUUUGUCAUAAAUGUGUUAACAGUUACGUAUA